AUGGCUUAUACGCGUCGAAACGGCCUCAGCCGGCGGUAUGAAAAUAGCUCAUGAAUAAUUUGCGUAGUAACGACAAAGAAGAGAUUACCCUACUCAAAGGUCUAUAACUUUAAUUAUUAUGACUGAGAGAAAGUUUGAACUCGCCAUCGUUCUUGAUGCCUUCAAAAAAACACUUCAAGAAGACGGAAGCCUUGUCAUGGACGAAUACAUACGAGGAUAUGGAGAACUUUGUAUAUUUUUCGAUAUGCUUGGGACUGUGUUUGGAUUCAUUACAUCGGAUGUGAGAGAAAAAAUGGGCAUUCUUCAAGAUUAUCGAAAGUCAAAACACGGAGAGAAGUAUGUGUUCAUUCAAGCAAUGCUUGAUUUUGAAAUCGAAAAUGAUUUGACACGGAAAACAACGCACCCUCUGUCAGGAUCAAGAACUCUUCUAAGAUUGCACCGGGCUCUUGCUUUCACUAUGCUCUUCAUGAGUAAAUUAAGCCAAUCAACAGACGACGAUUCCUCUUAUUACAUGGCUAAAGAUGCUUACAAUGAAUCUUUGGCUAACUUCCAUCCGUGGAUAAUUCGAAAGGCGGCAUUAUGGGCUAUGUACACAUUGCCGAAAGUCGGAGAUUUCAUCAAGAAAAUUGCACAACCAAACAUGGAUAAGGGCAAAACCAAGCAGUUAUUGAAAGAAGUUUCAGAUGCAAUGAAACAAGUUUACGAUUUUACAGAGGAACUUUACACCAAGCAUAAUCUGCAUGACCUUCCUUAAUGGAGAGCAACCAGAUUAAAAUGUUGCUAUAAUGGGAUUUUUGAUAUUACUUGUGGUUAUUCUCCCUAAAAGUAGCAUGUAUCUAGUAAAUAUUUUAUGAAAAAACUAAUUAUCAUUUUUUUGGCUCAGAUUGCAUGUUUUGAAAGAAAUUGAUUAGUGAAUGUUUAUCACCUAAAGUAUCCAAAUGCUCCAUGGUACUGUUUACAUGCUGAAGGCAUCCAUAUAGAAUUUAAGAACCACAAGUUAGAACAGAUUAGAACACUAGAAAAAGCCACUGAGACUUGAAUGAGAAUACAUCUAGCCACCUUUAAGCUUUCCUUUUGCUAUUGGCUGUUUUUCAGGACUUAUUGGCAAGAAAAGGUGUUCAUCAAUAUUCACAAAGGAUUUUGUUUGCAUCAAACAAAGUCAAGUGUUCAAUUUAUUAUUUUCAAAAUAGAAUUCUCCCGUUAUCUCCUUGCCAAAAUUAAUGCAUUGUGUUUUCUCCCCCAUAAAAGGUCAAUUAAAAAUAUUUGCCUUCAAA